GCCAGCCGGAAAAAUUCUGGCUUUACGCGUAAUAGCGGAACCAUCGGCACCAGGUGCACGCUAAGAGCUGCCUACGCUGUCGUACUGCAAGCAGUGGCUGUAGAAACUGCGCGCAUUGGGUUCCAGAGCCUUGCCAGAGCUGCAGUGCUGCCAAACACUAAUUGAGGGUCCCCACGUCCGCGCGGCGGGGCUACGCGAGCUCGACAGCUCAAAAAGACCAGCGCGGGACGCCACCACAAAACCAUGAAGUCCAUGUUCAAGAGCAAGAAGAGCACUGAUACAAUAGAGACGCCGCCAAGCGCCAAAGCUUCAGUAGGAUCGAGCGCUUGGAGAAGACGCGUCGGCGAGUCCGCCAGGAACAAGUUGGGCCUGUCGCGGCACGAGACCGACGAGGUGACGGGCGACGUGGCCGCCGGUGUGUCUUCUUAUAGAGCCGCGGCUUCGAAACUAAAAGAGGCCGUCAAAGCCCUGGAGAGCGCCGAGGCGUCGGAGCGGAAAGCGGAUGCCAGGCGGAAGGACGCCUUGCGGGCGCUCGGCGACGACGACGCGCUGAUCGAGGCCUGUUUAAGUUCUGAUGAGAGGACGGACCGCUUCGAUCGGACCGAAGGCUGGGCGCUGGAACCUUUAAGAUCUGUACGCCGCUACGAGGCUCUGGUCGACUCCACAAUAGCGUCGCGCGAGUCUCUGUUACAAGAUUAUUUCGCACGCAAACGGAAGCUCGAUUCAGGAAAAAAAGAAGACGAGCGCCAAUUUAAAUUCGAGCAGGCGUGUCGAGCUGUCAAAGCCGCGACGGCGCGGCUGGAGCCGCUGCUCGAGGCGUUUGUGAGCGCGGCGGAGACGGCGUUGCGUGACGCGCUGCGCUGCGCGGCAGCUGCCAGAAUAGUACAACUCGAGGACGCGGCUUCCAGAUUGCGGCCGUGGGCGGCCUCCACCAUCUCCGGGGAGAGUGAGAGCGCGGCCCGCGAUUUAUUGCGGGACGUUGCGGCGGCGCGGCGGGACGGGUCGGUCAUUCGACCGGCGGCGCCGGCCUCGCCGGAGCUCGAGCGCCUCGCGGCCGUCGCGUCGCAGCAAGCCGAGGUGCCGGAAGCGGCGACGCCCCCGUCAUUCACUCCGGACGUUGUCCCGGACGUCUCUGAUCAGGAGGCGGCCGCACUGAGGGCGCUCCUGCGGCGCCUCGGCGCCGAGGACGCGCUGGCGCGGAAGGGCCUCUUCCGGAUUCCGGGCGACGCUACAAAUUGCGCCGCCGCGAGGGAGCGCCUGGCGGCGGGCGACGACAUCGCUAGUUCUCUGGACGUCGACGACGCCGCGACUCUAGCAAAAGGCUGGUUCCGCGACCGGCCGGCCCUCCUACCUAGAUCUGUGAAUGAAGCUUUGCGGGCCGCGGCCGAGGCGUGCGCUGAUGAUGAAGUUUUCGCCGGGCAGGCGCGGGAGCUGCUGGACGGCGUCCCCGUCGUCCGCGACUUACUGAGCUUGUUGAAUGCCGUGGCGCGGCGCGAGGCCGACAACGCCAUGACGCCCGAGAACUUGGCGAUUUGCUGGGCGCCGAACGUCUUCGUGCUGGACCCGAAUAGUGCUGCUUCGGUUGCCGAUCUGCAACCGGCCAUUCGAUUAACAGCGCGGCUCGUCGGCGUCGGGGACCGGCUGGCCUAGUUAAGUAUGUGUGAACGUUG